CAUUCCAGUGCGUUACUUCAUUCAAAAAAGGUACGAAUAUUUAUUAAGCAAAAUUUUUGGCCAUUAAAUGUUCGUAUCAUAAUGACACUCAUUUUCGCAUCAUUAUCGUCGAUCGGUAUUAUUGGCAAUAUAUUAGUGAUAACCGUUGUUUAUAAAGUUAAAGGAAUGAUAACGCCAACGAAUUGUUAUCUGGUGUCGUUAGCAGCAAGCGAUUGCUUAUUUUUCAUAGCCACUGCACCAACUGAACUAAGCUAUCUACAUUUGGAAGAGACAGAAUACAUAUUCGGUUAUUUUGGUUGUGCACUCUUUACAUUUUUGCCAUACUUAGCGAUUAAUUCGUCAUCUCUAUCAAUUGUUGCGUUCACUGUUGAACGAUACAUAGGAAUAUGCCAUCCAAUACGAGCGAGAUACAUUUGUACGGUGACAAGAGCAAAAACGAUAAUCAGCGCAAUUUGGCUAUUUUGUAUCAUUUACAAUUCGCCGUGGCUUUAUUUAGCAUCGUUACGAAUUGAUAAUGGUGAAUAUUCAUGCAGUUUUAAAUUGGAAAGAGAUCAUUUCACUUAUAAAGUCAUGUUCCUUGGCGAUCUGUUGGGUUUUUAUGUGAUUCCAAUGCUACUCUAUAUUGUCAUUUACAGUAAGAUUGCUUAUCAUCGUUUUUAUGUUGUCAAAAUGCUUGCAUUGGUGGUCGCUAUAUUUGCGGUCUGCUGGCUACCAUAUCGUGCGAUGGUUACGUACAACUCAUUUGUGCAAGACAAAUGGGAUCCUGAUUGGUAUAUAUUUUUGUCGAAAACAAUGAUAUUCUUCAACUGUGCAAUUAAUCCGAUUUUAUACAAUGUUAUGUCGGCACGAUUUAGAAAUGCUUUUCGAUCUCUUUUAAAAGGCAGGAAGAAAAUCAUUCAUCAAAUUCGACAAAGUGGUUUUUCAUUUUUCUUUGAUUAUUUCACUUAA